CUUGUUAUCGUGAAAUCCCAGUGCUUGAAAAACAGAGUUAAAGAACAUAUGCUUGGAAUCAUCUUUUACGUACAAACUGAAUAUAGAUUUCUUGUAAAGUCAUUGAUCCCUUACCUACUGACAAGAUAUACAGUCUUUGCAUUAGCCACUUCUGCUUUAUAAAAAUGUGUAGAAAAACAGAUGCAGAUAUUAAUCUGGCUUUGCAACUGCACUUGAAAUAUAAGAGCCUCUCCUCCAUUUCUGGUUCUUACUCUUUUAUUGAGAAGCAAAGCUCUCUUAGAUUAGAUGGCUGACCCUGUUAUCUCUUUUGUAAUUGAGAGAACUGGCGAUCUGCUUAUUCAAAAAAUUGUUUUCCUGAAAGGUGUUCGACGACAAGUUGAGAGACUCAAAGAUGAUCUGGUCCGGAUGCGGUGUUUCCUGAAAGAUGCUGAUCAGAGGCAAGAUGAAGAAGCGACGAUACGCAACUGGGUUUCUGAAAUCAGAGCUGCUGCCUACGAUGCGGAGGAUAUCAUUGAGAUCUUUGCCAGCAAAGUUGAGCUCUUCACAAAGGACAAGGGACUCGUCACCAAAUUGACAUAUUAUCCCUUGAAAAUUGUGAACCGCUACAAGAUGGGCAAAGAGAUUGAAUCCUUGCAGAUGAGGCUCAAUGACAUGGAGAAGAGCCGUGACAAAUACGGUAUCAAAAAUCUUGGAGUGGGGACGAUUACACAUGGAGAAGAGCUUCAACGGGUCCGGCGAUUGGUUGAGGACAAGGAUAUAGUGGGCUUCGAGGAGAAAACAAAAUCCCUGGUGGCAGAACUUUUGAAAGAGGACAAAAACCGCCGUGUGGUUUCAAUCGUCGGCAUGGGAGGUGCUGGUAAGACAACUCUAGCCAAAAAAGUUUAUAACCAUGCUGAAGUCAGGACAAGAUUCGAUUGCCGUGCUUGGGUCUGCGUCUCUUCAAGCUACAAUCACAAAGAGACGCUGAGGACAAUCAUAAAGCAAUUAAAUCCGAUAACUAAUGAGCUACUUGACAUGUUGGAAAAGAUGCAGGAGCAGGACUUGGAAGAAAGGCUCCGUCAAGAUCUACAAGACAAGCGUUAUCUUGUGGUGCUUGAUGAUGUAUGGAAGGAAGUAGCGUGGGAUUGUCUUGCUGGGGCCUUUCCUGAUGUUAAUGCAUCAAGUAGACUGCUACUUACAAGUCGCAAUCGGGAGGUUGCCGUACACGCUGAUGCUCUUAGCAAACCAGAGGAGCUGAAAACUUUGGGGGAGAAAGACAGCUGGCAGUUGUUCCUCAGAAAGGCCUUAGUCCAUGGGGAUAAUGCUGGGUGUCCUCGGGAUUUGGAAAAAGUAGGCAGAGAGAUUGUAAGGAGAUGUGCUGGUCUGCCACUGGCCAUCACAGUUGUAGGUGGGCUGCUACUGGGCAAGAAAGAGUUGAAGAGUGAAUGGGAGAAAGUUCUCAACAAUUUCAGCACACACCUAUCAAGGGGCCAGAGUGGGGUAUCAGCAAUUCUGGAAUUAAGUUAUGCAGACCUCCCUGCCAAUCUGAAAUUUUGCUUUUUGUAUUUGGGUUUGUUUCCCGAAGAUUCCGUGAUUUCUGUGCGCAAGUUGAUCCAUCUGUGGGUUGCAGAGGGAAUAAUGCAGAAAGGAGAUGCAGAAAAUCUGGAGGAAGCUGCAGCAUAUGACGAUGUGGAGCGACUUUGUAGCAGAAAUAUGGUCCAGGUGGCGGAAAUGACGGUUGAUAAGAGGAUUAAAAGCUGCAGAGUCCAUGAUUUGCUGCGAGAGCUUGCAGUCAGAAAGGCAAAGGAUGAAAAUUUUUUUCAGAUCCAUGACACCAGAGAUGAUCAAAUAUCAGCCAAAUCCAGGUACCUUGCUGUUCAUAGUCUCCCUCUGGAUAAAAAUUAUUUUAGGUCUUCGACCCCUUCUCUCCGGUCUCUGCUUUUUUUCAACAUCCGGGAAAACAUUAGUCUUAGUUUCAAAAGUUUCAGAAAGCUUAGGACACUAGACCUUGAGAAUGUUAAGAUGGGUUAUAAUUUGCCAAAAGAAAUAGGUGAAGUCAGGCUUCUAAGGUACCUCAAUUUAAGAGGCACAUACAUUAGAAGGCUCCCUCUUUCCGUCGGUUGCUUGCGAAACCUACAAACUCUUGACAUACGGACAAUCUCUGUAGAUCCAGUGAAGCUUUCAAAUUUCAUUUGGAAGCUUGAAAGUUUACGGCAUCUAUAUGCAUAUAAUAUGGAAUGUGAUGUGCCUCUUAAGAUUGAAGGAUUGAGGAAUCUCCAGACUCUGUCACGCAUAAGCUAUCAUGACAUUAUGCAAAAUAACAUGAUAACUCUGACGAGUCUUCAGAAGCUGAUGAUUUUAGUGGAUGACAAGUCAGACAUAGACAAACUCUGCAUGCAUUUAUCUGAGGUUGGAAGCCUAAAGACGCUACGUCUUUAUUAUAGCCCUUUGCCACAAUCUCUAGGUGGACUGUCUAAGCUCCAUCAUGUAACAGAGCUCAGGCUAUCCGGGCUAUUUUUGAGAAAGCUGCCUCCUGAUUUCCCUCCAAAUCUCUCUCGCUUGUCUUUGAAAUUCACUGGUCUUCGGGAUGACCCAAUGCCAGUAUUGGAGAAGUUGGGACAGCUGUCGAUCCUCAAAAUAAAGGAUGAUGUAUAUGGGGGACUAUAUGGGGAACCACAGCAGGUCAUGAUCAUCUCUAGGCAUGGGUUUCACCAAUUGAAGUUCCUUGAGCUCAGCCGCCUAUUUCAUGUGCAUGAAAUAAAGGUGGAGGAAGGUGCAUUGCCACAGCUCCAGUGCCUGAGAAUCAGGGGCUGCUUUUAUUUAAAGAAGUUGCCGGAAGAGCUGAAGCACAUAUCUACUCUUGAUACGCUUGAGCUUGUGGACAUGCGAGAAGAUUUCAUCAGUGGGCUUGAUGCGGACCUGGUAUCCAGUGUCCCUAACCUCAGAAUAUUUGACUUGCCGAAGGAAAGAAUGCAAUAAUGAUUUCAAGUUUUUGUAAAGCGGACCUGGUAUUUGUAAUUCAUACUGAGAAUGCAAGCUGUGUCGUGUAGUGAUUAAUGAAAUUGUUUCAAGUUUUUAUCAAAAUACAUAAAUAAAAAGAAUAAAAUGUUUCCGUA